CGGACCGGUGCGCAUGAGGAAGCGUCAAAUAGAAAGUGUAAGACUGGUCAUCUUCGUUGGAUAAUACAACAAAGUGCUGUUUUUAAUCGAAGGAUAGUUCCUUGGUCACGAAUAAUGUCUCGCAGAUAUGAUUCCCGGACAACCAUAUUUUCUCCUGAAGGCCGCUUGUAUCAGGUGGAGUACGCCAUGGAAGCCAUUGGCCAUGCCGGAACAUGUCUUGGGAUUCUGGCAAACGAUGGAGUGCUGUUAGCCGCAGAGAGACGCAACAUCCACAAACUGUUGGAUGAAGUAUUUUUCUCUGAGAAGAUCUACAAACUGAAUGAAGACAUGGCUUGCAGCGUUGCAGGCAUCACAUCAGAUGCUAAUGUACUGACGAAUGAACUGCGGCUAAUUGCACAGAGAUAUUUAUUGCAGUACCAGGAGCCAAUCCCUUGUGAGCAGUUGGUGACGGCACUGUGUGACAUCAAGCAGGCCUACACCCAGUUUGGAGGCAAGAGGCCGUUUGGUGUGUCUCUCUUGUACAUGGGCUGGGACAAGCACUAUGGCUUCCAGUUGUACCAGAGUGACCCCAGUGGAAACUAUGGAGGCUGGAAGGCAACAUGCAUCGGCAACAACAGUGCAGCCGCAGUGUCCAUGUUGAAGCAGGACUACAAAGAAGGAGAGAUGACUCUGUCCUCGGCUUUGGCUUUAGCCGUCAAAGUUCUCAACAAAACAAUGGAUGUCAGCAAGCUUUCUGCAGAGAAAGUGGAGAUUGCCACCCUCACACGGGAGGACGGCAAAACAAAAAUCAAGGUGCUGAAACAGAAAGAGGUGGAAGAGCUCAUCAAGCGACACGAGGCUGAGGAGGCCAAAGCCGAGAAAGACAAAAAGGAGAAGGAGCAGAAAGAAAAGGAUAAAUGAGUACAGUUAUGACACUUCUUUAUGUCCCAUAACCCUGUAUUGUUUUGUCUUUUACAUUAAAAGUAUGGAAACUUGUA